UCGACCAAAUUAGUAAUAUAAAAAUGUAACAUAUUAUAGUAAUUUUUUAAAAAAAAAAAGAAAAAAAGAAAAAAGAAAAAGAGAGAGGCAAAACCAGCCUCAUUUUCACUAAUCUUGCCUUUUUGUCAAAUACAAAGGCUAACAAUAGUGGGUUUUGACAUUUAGUGACUGAUGGUGUAAGAGUGGGACUAAAAGGUGAGGAAGGGUCCAGCUUCAGACAAGUACAUAAAAUCUUGAAAUUGAAUCAUCCUAUUCCUUGGGUUUUAUCUUCAAUUGUUUGAUACAAAUUCUCACAUCAUCUUUCUGCACAAAUUAGUGAUAUUUGCAACAGGCAGAAUUUUAUGAUGGUUUGUCUGAUUUGGGAUUCAUCAUACACCUUGGAAUACUGCUGAUUGGGUUGGCACUAUGGGUUGGCUGACCAAGAUUUUGAAAGGCUCCUCCAGUCACAAAAUCUCAGAAGAGCAUUAUCAUUGUGAUCAUGAUGAUGAAGUAACUUGGGAAGCAGCUCGUGUUUCGCGGGGCUCAUCGGAUUUCGACACAGAAGAGAUUGACAGAGCAAUCGCGCUUUCCAUAGCUGAGGAAGAUGAGAAAGGAAAGAAAGUGAUAGAUAGCGAUUCUCAGUUAGAGGAAGACGAGCAGCUUGCUAAGGCGCUUCAAGAAAGUUUGAAUCUAGAGUCUCCGCCUCCAUCACCCCCUCUACGAGAACAUGGAAGACUCUUUGCGCCUUUUCCGUUCCUUGAUCCUUCGAGAUAUAGAACAUGUGCUGGUUGUAAUAGCCAAAUUGGUAAUGGAAGAUACUUGAGUUGCAUGGGAGCGGUUUGGCAUCCAGAUUGUUUCUGUUGUCAUGCUUGUGAUAAGCCGAUUUCUGAAAUAGAGUUCUCGAUGAUGGAUGACCGCCCGUACCAUAAAUCUUGCUACAUGGAGCUGCAUCAUCCCAAAUGUGAUGUUUGCAAGAAUUUUAUCCCAACGAAUGCUGCUGGCCUUAUUGAGUACAGAGCACAUCCAUUCUGGCCUCAGAAGUACUGCCCUUCACACGAGCAAGAUGGAACGCCUCGUUGUUGUAGCUGCGAGAAAAUGGAGCCGGUUGAUGCUACGUAUUUGCAUCUCGAGGAUGGAAGAAAGCUCUGUCUUGAGUGUUUGGACUCGUCGAUAAUGGACACUCACGAAUGCCAACCUCUUUACCUUGAGAUACAAGAUUUCUACGAAGGCCUAAACAUGAAGGUGGAGCAGCAGAUUCCUUUACUCUUAGUCGAAAGACAAGCACUAAACGAAGCCAUGGAAGAAGAGAAAAAGGGUCAUCAUCGUGUGUCUGAGACUCGAGGACUUUGCCUGUCGGAAGAGCAGAUCAUUACUAUGGUGUCGAGGAGGCCAAGAAUUGGAGGCUUCCGGGUACUAGACUUAUUCACUGAGCCAUAUAGGCUGGUCCGCCGGUGUGAAGUAACAGCAAUUCUUGUUUUGUAUGGCCUUCCAAGGUUAUUAACCGGAUCCAUCCUCGCCCACGAGAUGAUGCAUGCUUGGCUGCGCCUCAAAGGUUACCCAAAUUUGGAUCCAAAGGUGGAAGAAGGUAUUUGCCAAGUGCUAGCUCAUAUGUGGUUGGAUUCCGAGAUUGCCGGUGGUGCCACUACGUCUUCAUCAUCUUCGUCUUCUUCUUCGUCGUCGUCCUCGUCCAGCUCAUCAUCGAAGAAGGGGCAACGGUCCCAAUUCGAGAGAAAACUUGGCGAGUUUUUCAAGCACCAGAUUGAAACAAGCUCGUCGCCGGUAUAUGGAGAUGGUUUUAGAGAAGCAGAUGAGGCAGUGGUCAAGUAUGACCUAAAAAGGACUCUUGAUCACAUUCGCUUCACCGGUUGUUUUCCUUGAUCAUAUAUUAUUUUUCAUCUCCUACAUCAUUUUCAUAUAUACACACACGUUAGAUUAUAAACAAACAGAAAAAGAAAAUGUAAUUUAUAAAGAAAAAACACAAGUGUUGAGGCUACUCGAUACUGUCGAAUUCGAGCGUGAGCUUAAGCUCCACUCGUUAGAUGUUUGUAUACAUGAUAUUCAAGUUCGAACUCGUUAAAAACUUCUAAAAAAAACUUGAUAAAUAUUCAAACUA